AGCGGCAAAAUCCGGCGUCAAGAAUUGGUAAUCCGCCAGGCGCCACCCCACUGGACAUCCGUAAUCACAAAUCAGAAUGAAUCAAACUAAAAGAGAGAAACGACGACACGGACACGACUCAGUUGGGUUGGGGUCGGCUUGAGCGAGUCAAUGGAGCGCGUGGGCCCACUUCUAAGCACUAUUAAUACCCACCCACGUUAUCGCACUGUCUAAGGAACCUCUAAACUACAACUCCAAGUUGCGAUUUGCGAACGAUACACACAGAAGGGAGAAUUAGAAACUUUGGAAUCGGAUUUUUUUCUUUUCUUUUCUUUUCUUUGGAAAAAAGGCGACAAAGAGAAACGGCUCUCUUUGCCUUUUGUUCUGGUUUUUUUUUUUUUUUCCUCCUUCGGUUCAUGUAAUUUGUAAUAGCCACGACUGGCACCAAUCAUUGUCGAAGACAGAUAGAUAGAUAGGGCACAAGCACACAGCCUCUCGCUUCUCGGCCCUCGAAUUCUUAGCCCUCGAUUUUGGCCCGUUUCUUCUUUUGAAUUCUUUUGAUCUUCUCUCUCUCUCUCCCUCUCUCUCCCAAUUAUUAUUCCAAUUUUUUUCCGAUUAAUUUCGGAAAUUCUUAGGGAUCUCUCUCAGUCUCUGCUUAUUUAGAGAGAUAGAAAGAGGAAACGGCUAAAUACUUUCCGUUUCUCCGCUUGGGACUGAAUCUGCUUAUUUUCCGCGCCUUUCUCUGAUUCUCACAAACUGAACCACUGCCGGCGGUUCGCCAUUUCUGGUCAAUCGAUCUGUUGCCUUGAUUUGACUCCUUCAACCGCCGCUUCGAGUGGAGGGGGGAACUUGAUUGAUAUUUGAGUUUUUUGGGAUUUCUUUUUUUUGACACACGAGAAUGUGGUGGAUGAUGGGUGAAGGUGGAGGCCAUUACUGCUCCAAGAAAUCCGAUGAUAUCUGCGGCGAAGUUUGUGAUCAGGAAUCAAAUCGAGUAUUGGGCAUGUCAAGACUCCGCUGCAUUUUUCGUGGAUAUGAUGUGAAAACAUUCCUCAUCCUUUUUGCUUUAGUUCCAACGUGCAUCUUAAUCAUCUACCUGCAUGGACAGAAGAUCUCAUACUUCCUACGGCCACUAUGGGAAUCGCCACCAAAAAAAUUCAAUAUGAUUACUCACUACUAUGAUGAGAAUGUACCUAUGGAGAACCUCUGCAAACUCCAUGGUUGGAAGGUCCGGGAGUUUCCACGACGUGUUUAUGAUGCUGUGUUGUUCAGUAAUGAGGUUGAGAUGCUCACCUUGAGAUGGAAAGAACUCUACCCCUACAUUACACAGUUCGUUCUCCUUGAGGCAAAUUCAACAUUUACUGGGAAGCCAAAGCCAUUAUACUUUGCUCGCAGUAGAGACCAGUUUAAAUUUGUGGAGCCCAGAUUGACUUAUGGCACUGUCGGAGGCAGAUUUAAGAAAGGUGAAAAUCCUUUUGUUGAGGAGGCAUUUCAACGAGUAGCACUUGAUCAGCUUCUCAAAAUUGCUGGAAUUUCUGACGAUGACUUGUUGAUAAUGUCCGAUGUCGAUGAGAUUCCGAGCAGGCACACCAUUGAUCUCUUAAGAUGGUGUGAUGACAUACCAGAUGUCCUUCAUCUUCAGCUUAGGAAUUAUCUGUAUUCUUUCGAGUUUCAUGUAGAUGACAACAGCUGGAGGGCUUCGGUCCAUAGAUACCAAUCUGGCAAGACAAGGUAUGUUCAUUAUCGCCAAUCAGAUGACCUGUUGGCAGAUUCAGGGUGGCACUGUAGCUUCUGCUUCCGUCGUAUCAACGACUUCGUUUUUAAGAUGAAAGCAUACAGCCACAAUGACAGAGUAAGGUUCUCGAGUUAUCUGAAACCCGAAAGAAUUCAGAACAUAAUCUGCAAGGGCGCUGAUUUAUUCGACAUGCUCCCUGAGGAAUACACUUUCAAAGAAAUUAUUGGAAAAAUGGGACCGGUUCCUCAUUCGUACUCAGCAGUUCACUUGCCAUCAUAUCUUCUGGAAAAUGCUGAGGAUUACAAAUUCCUUUUGCCUGGGCAUUGUGUAAGAGAGAGUGGCUAAUAUCUCUCUUAACUUUGAUAUCUAGCUUUUGAAAGUUACUUGCUCUGGAGCCUGUCUGACACCUCGUGGACCUUCCAUCCCGACAGUCAUUGGCCGGUGCGUGGCCAAGACGAUUGCCCUGAUAAAGCUAAUGUUAAUUCUUCUGGAAGUUGUAACUGCUUGACGGUUGAACUAAUUCCAUGGAUGGAAGUUAUGUGUAGAUAGAUAUCUGUUUUCUUUGAGUUGGUUUGGUUGGAGGAGUUUAUCUAUUCAAUGGGUGGGUGAAUCUUGCUGUCUCAGGAGCAGCAAAUUAGACAACCCCUGGUGCAUUGGCAUUGUAUUUUGAGGCUGUUGUGCUUUUUCCCCGUUUCUGGGAAAUUUUGUAUACACGACUAUUAUUUAUAUCAUGUAUUCAUAUCUGCAAUUGACCUGA